AUGCAGCAAGCGGUUCAUGGGGCGAAAUGCGAGCUGGCGACCAAGUUUUGGGAGACUCUUACUCGUAUCGAGAGGCAGUUGGACGUCGUUGAGAAAGCUAGAGAGGAGAACUACGUGAGCGAGGAGGCAGAGCUUACGGCAGCGGUGGCUGGAUCUGCAGGAGCCCAUCAGAGGCUUACAGACGAGGUAGCGAACCUUAGGAGGAUUCUUAGCGCCCCGCCGGUCAAGCUGGAUGACUGUGAGCACAUCGAGGUAGCUGCGGCAUCGCUGGGCGUGCGUGACUUCUCAGGGACUAACGGCAAGACUCCGGGAUUAUCCACUCUUAGCGCUAGGAAGACGGCGUCGGGCCCUACCACUUCGGAGGAGUUAGUUCCUGAGCCGGAGGCACUUGCUACUGUUGCUACUGAUCCGACUGCCGUGCCUACAGAGCAGGUGACCGAGGUGGCUGUCCCUUUCUCAAGAGGAGGUACUCUCGAGGACGACGGGUUUGUUCCCCCUGUUCGCGCGGGCACCGAUACGGUUGAGCAGGUGCCCGAGGAGGAAACCGAGGUGACCGAGCAGGUAUUCAACGAAGGAGCCGAGGUGCCCGAGCAAGUAUCCGCGGAGGAUGCAACGAACACAGCAGCAGAUCACGACGGGAUGGAGGUCGAAGAGACCGUUUAG